UUCGGGGGUCUCGGGAGUCUCGGCCUCGGUAUAACCCAGCUCCCCAAGAUAAAAAAAAAUUAAAGCGGGAGCCCGCCUCUACCGGCUUCGAGGGGCUGCGGGCCGGGAGGCGCCCCGGGGCGCGCGGCUGGAGGGGGCGCGGCUGUGACUCAGCCAGCUCCCCAGCCUCCCUCCCCUCCCGCCCAGCCGCACUCCCCUCCCCUGCCAUCCCGCCCAGGACUCGGGCUCCAGCACCCGCCGUAGUCUACAACCUCCGCCGCCGCCACCAGCUCGCUGGCGGCUCAGGUGGCCCCCGCUUCCAUGUCCUAGUGCAGGGGGCCCCCGGGCCGGACUCGGCUGGGCUCCCUUCACUCUCGGCUGCAAUCAUGCGGGCCAGCUCGGCUCUGCAGGUGCUGGGCGUCCUUCUCAGUCUGGCCCGGGGCUCGGACGUGGGCAACUCGCAGGCAGUGUGUACUGGGACUCUGAAUGGACUGAGUGUGACCGGCGAUGCUGAGAACCAAUACCAGACACUGUACAAGCUCUACAACAAGUGCGAGGUGGUGAUGGGGAACCUGGAGAUAGUGCUCACCGGCCACAACUCUGAUCUCUCCUUCCUGCAGUGGAUCCGAGAAGUGACAGGCUAUGUCCUCGUGGCCAUGAAUGAGUUCUCUACGCUACCGUUGCCCAACCUUCGAGUGGUGCGUGGAACCCAGUUCUACGACGGGAAGUUUGCCAUCUUCGUCAUGUUGAACUACAACACCAACUCCAGCCAUGCUCUGCGCCAGCUCCGCUUCACUCAGCUCACUGAGAUUCUGUCAGGGGGCGUUUAUAUCGAGAAGAAUGAUAAACUUUGUCACAUGGACACAAUUGACUGGAGGGACAUCGUGAGGGACCCAGCUGCUGAGAUAGCGGUGAAGGACAAUGGCAGAAGCUGUCCUCCCUGCCAUGAGGCCUGCAAGGGAAGAUGCUGGGGUCCUGGACCUGAAGACUGCCAAACAUUGACCAAGACCAUCUGUGCCCCUCAAUGUAAUGGUCACUGCUUUGGGCCCGACCCUAACCAGUGCUGCCAUGAUGAGUGUGCUGGGGGCUGUUCAGGCCCUCAGGACACGGACUGCUUCGCCUGCAGACACUUCAAUGACAGUGGAGCCUGUGUGCCCCGGUGUCCACAACCAUUGGUCUACAAUAAGCUGACUUUCCAGCUGGAGUCCAACCCUCACACCAAGUAUCAGUAUGGAGGAGUUUGUGUAGUCAGCUGUCCCCAUAACUUUGUGGUGGAUCAAACUUCCUGCGUCAGGGCCUGUCCUCCUGACAAGAUGGAAGUGGACAAAAAUGGGCUCAAGAUAUGCGAGCCUUGUGGGGGCCUGUGUCCCAAAGCCUGCGAGGGCACGGGCUCCGGCAGUCGUUUCCAGACUGUUGACUCGAGCAACAUCGAUGGAUUUGUGAACUGCACCAAGAUCCUGGGCAAUCUGGAUUUUCUCAUCACCGGCCUCAAUGGAGAUCCAUGGCACAAGAUCCCCGCACUGGACCCAGAGAAGCUCAAUGUCUUCGGAACAGUUAGGGAGAUCACGGGCUACCUGAACAUCCAGUCGUGGCCUCCGCACAUGCACAACUUUAGUGUUUUCUCCAACCUGACGACCAUUGGGGGCAGAAGCCUCUACAACCGGGGCUUCUCAUUAUUGAUCAUGAAGAACUUGAACGUGACGUCUCUGGGUUUCCGAUCUCUGAAGGAGAUCAGUGCUGGGCGUAUCUAUAUAAGUGCCAAUCGUCAGCUGUGCUACCAUCACUCUCUGAACUGGACCAGGCUGCUGCGGGGGCCAGCAGAUGAGAGGCUUGACAUUAAACACAACCGGCCGCGUAGAGAGUGUGUGGCUGAGGGCAAAGUGUGUGACUCUCUGUGCUCUCCCGGGGGCUGCUGGGGUCCAGGCCCUGGUCAGUGUCUGUCCUGUCGAAACUACAGCCGAGGAGGUGCCUGCGUGACCCACUGCAACUUUCUGAAUGGGGAGCCUCGAGAGUUUGCCCACGAGGGUGAGUGCUUCUCCUGCCACCAGGAAUGCCAGCUCAUGGAGGGCGCUGCUACGUGCAAUGGCUCAGGCUCUGAUGCUUGUGCCCAGUGUGCCCAUUUCCGAGAUGGGCCCCACUGUGUGAGCAGCUGUCCCAACGGAGUGCUAGGUGCCAAGGGCCCCAUCUACAAGUAUCCUGAUGCUCACAAUGAAUGCCGGCCCUGCCACGAGAACUGCACGCAGGGGUGUAAGGGACCAGAACUACAAGACUGUUUAGGCCAACCUCUGGUGCUGAUCAGCAAAACCCAUCUGGCAAUGGCUGUGACAGUAGGAUUGGCAGCGGUCUUCCUGAUCCUGGGGGGCACUUUUCUCUACUGGCGUGGGCGCCGAAUUCAGAAUAAAAGGGCUAUGAGGCGCUACCUGGAACGUGGAGAGAGCAUAGAGCCUCUGGAUCCCAGUGAGAAGGCUAACAAAGUCUUGGCCAGAAUCUUCAAAGAGACAGAGCUGAGGAAGCUCAAGGUGCUUGGUGCUGGCGUCUUUGGAACUGUGCACAAAGGCGUAUGGAUCCCUGAGGGUGAGUCCAUCAAGAUUCCAGUCUGCAUUAAAGUCAUCGAGGACAAGAGUGGACGGCAAAGUUUUCAAGCUGUGACAGAUCACAUGCUGGCCAUCGGCAGCCUGGACCAUGCCCACAUCGUCCGGCUGCUAGGAUUGUGCCCGGGGUCAUCUCUGCAGCUUGUCACUCAGUACUUGCCUCUGGGCUCCCUACUGGAUCACGUGAGGCAGCAGAGGGAGUCGCUGGGCCCACAGCUGCUGCUCAAUUGGGGAGUGCAGAUUGCCAAGGGCAUGUACUAUCUUGAGGAACAUGGGAUGGUGCAUAGAAACCUGGCUGCCCGCAAUGUGCUACUCAAGUCACCCAGUCAGGUUCAGGUGGCAGAUUUCGGGGUGGCAGACCUGCUGCCCCCAGAUGACAAGCAACUUCUCCACAGUGAAGCCAAGACACCAAUUAAGUGGAUGGCUCUUGAGAGCAUCCACUUUGGGAAAUACACACACCAGAGUGAUGUCUGGAGCUAUGGUGUAACUGUUUGGGAGCUGAUGACAUUUGGUGCAGAGCCCUAUGCAGGGCUGCGGUUAGCGGAAGUACCAGACCUGCUGGAGAAGGGGGAACGGUUGGCACAGCCCCAGAUCUGCACCAUUGAUGUCUACAUGGUCAUGGUCAAGUGUUGGAUGAUUGAUGAGAAUAUUCGUCCCACCUUUAAAGAACUGGCCAAUGAGUUCACCAGGAUGGCCCGAGACCCACCACGGUAUCUGGUGAUAAAGAGGGAGAGCGGGCCUGGACUAGCCCAAGGGGCAGAGCCCUCCACUCUGACAGACAAGGAACUGGAGGAAGUGGAGCUGGAGCCAGAAUUGGACCUGGACCUGGACUUGGAGGCCGAAGACGACAGCCUAGCAACCACUCUAGGCUCUGCUCUCAACCUGCCAUCUGGAACACUCCCUCGACCCCGUGGGAGCCAGAGCCUCUUGAGUCCAUCAUCUGGAUACAUGCCCAUGAACCAGAGUAAUCUCGGAGAGGCCUGCCAGGAGUCUGCAGGCUGUGGUGCUAGUGACCGGUGCCCCCGUCCAGUUUCUCUGCACCCACUGCCACGGACUCGCCUGAUCUCAGAAUCUUCGGACGGUCACGUGACAGGCUCUGAGGCCGAGUUCCCGGAGAAGGGGUCGAUGUGUCGGAGCCGGAGCCGGAGCCGCAGCCCCCGGCCCCGGGGAGACAGUGCCUACCAUUCCCAGCGCCACAGCCUGCUCACGCCUGUCACACCUGUGGCCCCACCGGGACUAGAGGAAGAGGAUGUCAAUGGUUAUGUCAUGCCAGAUACACACCCCAAAGGUCCGCCUUCUUCCCGGGAAGGUACUCUUUCUUCAGUGGGUCUCAGUUCUGUCCUGGGUACUGAAGAGGAAGAUGAAGAUGAGGAGUAUGAAUACAUGAAUCGGCGGCGAAGGCCCAGCUCAUCCCGUCCUCCUCGGCCCAGUUCCCUUGAGGAGCUGGGCUAUGAGUACAUGGACGUGGGUUCAGACCUUAGUGCCUCUCUGGGCAGCACACAGAGCUGUCCGCUCAACCCUGUGCCCAUUGUGCCCGCUGCUGGCACGACUCCGGAUGAGGACUACGAGUAUAUGAAUCGACGACGUGGAGGUGGGCCAGGGGGGGAUUAUGCAGCUAUGGAGGCCUGCCCAGCAGCUGAGCAAGGGUACGAAGAGAUGAGAGCUUUCCAGGGACCUGGUCAGCAGGCCCCCCACGUCCGUUAUGCCCGCCUGAAAACACUCCGAAGUCUAGAGGCCACCGACUCCGCCUUUGAUAACCCUGAUUACUGGCAUAGCAGGCUCUUCCCCAAAGCCAAUGCCCAGAGAACCUAGCCUCUUCUCCCUCGAGGCUCUCAGGAAGCAUGUGAUGGCAGCUAGUGCCUCCAGAGGGUACCCUUCUUCUCCUUACCCCUUCUCCCCACUCCCCAAAAUGUGUCAGCCCCAUUUCUGUAGUCCUAGACAAUUCCAGCCAACCUUUGGAGGCUCUGAAACCCCUUUGACACAACAUUCAUGUGGUAUGUAGCCAGCCGUGCACUUUCUUUCCAUUCCCGACCCCAGGAGAAGAGGUUUGCCUCCUUGGUGUGCUAUUCCCAAUCCCCUUCCUCAGGACUCUCUGCAGAUAUGAAGGAGCAUUCCCCACAGCCCCUCCGCUCAGGCCCUGGCCUGCUAGGAUGAGACCCAUUUGUGCGCCUUUGUCCCAGAGUGGACCACAGGAGAGGGGACAGAUGUGGCAGAAGGAAAUAAGACCUGCGUGUUCCUAAUCCUCAGAAAAGCCAAGAAACCCACUGUUCUGUAAAGAAUGGAGUACCUGCUGAUUCCUGGGGACUGUUGACUAUGAGCCAGACAUCUGACUGAACUUUACCUCCAUGAUUUCCCUUCAUCUUUUCUGCUCCUUACAGUUGUGAGGCACAGGGACCCCGUAUUACACAUGCGAGUAGCCCCUAUCCCCGCCCUGCCC